AUGCAUGUUAUUUAUUUCAUUGUGUUUAAUUCGUUCACUUUAUUAACAAUUCGUUUUCUGCCGUAUUUUGAUUUUGAAUCUGUAACAAGUAUGUGGUUCAAUAGCAUGAUAUCCAAUAAUUGGAAAAUUAGUAUUACCAUUGGCGGUAUUGCGGUGGGCUUUGCGGGCUUGGCUGCUGCUUACAAUAAAUUGUACAAUAAUGAGAAUCGUCAAGCUAAGUAUGAAAUCAUACCAGUAUACAAAAAAAAACUAGAAGAAUUAGGAAUGGUUAGCAAUAAUUCGACCAUAGGUCCAAUAUUUUUAUGUGGAAAAAAGAACAAUGACGACUUCGAUUUGCCUGAUGAAAUCAUCAUUGAAAAUUAUUUGAAUUCUUUUAGCGAAGAUCCAUAUAACGAUAAAUUUUCUCGCACAUUAAUGGAAACGGAAAUUCAAACUGGUCUCGCCAAAUCCUUUACAUGCCUCCGAGAAAAAAAAUAUGAACUCGCUGAGGAGGCAUGUAAAGAAGAAUUGGCGAAGAAAAAAAAUAAAAAUAAGAAGAAAAGGUUGAUGAGACAACUUCGAAGAACAUUGGCAUUAAAUCUGCUUGGUACUUUUGCCAUACUACGGGGAGAUUAUGUGACUGCAAUCGAACAUCUCACUACUGUUGUAGAAACACCAAGUGCUUCUAAAAAGUUGGUGAUAAAUUCGUUAAUCAAGAGAUCUUCAAUUUUGUAUCAACGAAGACAAUUUAAAGAAUCUCUUGAUGAUUUAAAACUAGCAGAAAAUUAUAUUCAUGAGAUCAAGCGAUCAGAUGAAAUAUUUAAUACCACUUAAUUAUAAUUGCAUGAGGUUUAUUUAAAUCAUAAUUUAUCUAUUUGUUAAAAAAAAAAACAAAAAAAAAUGUAUUUUAUAUGAUAAAUAAUAUACUGUUA